CGAGCGAGCACAGAACGAGCACAGAACGUUGUUAUAAGGCACUCUGAACGCCGGAUCUGAGCGUGUUUUCAUCAUCUCUGGGGAUUCCCGGUUCCCGGAUGAAGUCACGGCGCGCACGUACUCUGUCACGAGCAACUCUCCGUGCUAAACCGCGCGUUCUGACCGGAUGAACGUUUGUCAAAGUGCGUCGGAUAAAAAGUUAGCGUGCUUUUGAGGAGAAACUUAAACGGCAGCCCUGCUUUUAACGACUGUUUACUCUUGGCCCGUAUCACCAUGUCGUUUCAGCUUGACGUUUAGACACGAAACUGUUUUUUUUUUAUUUAAUUAUGUUUACUUACUCGCACGAUAAACAGCGUAGAUCUAUCCGGUAGGCCGUUUGACACAGCUAACGAGCGACUGACGCGACCCGGAGAUGCGACGUCAUACCUGACCCGAUGACGUCAUGACGCUCGGUUUACAACAACCGCUGGUGGCAGAAGAUGACAGUUUUAAAGUAGAUGUCUAUUGAAACCACUGAAUAAAAAGGCUCAUACAGAGGAAGAGGAUGAGCACGAGGAUGAAGGACGACGGUCGUUCGAGAGUUAAAAACAGAAGGAUGGAGAAGUCCAAGCGGGAGUCUGAGAGGGACUCGGGCUUCUCAGACGGCGGCUCUGAGCAUCUGAGUGUGGACAGAGACGACGCGUCGAGCUCCAGAUCACAGCUGACCCUGCAGAGCCUCUCACCCGUCAUCUUCAUGAACAAUGUGCUGCUAAAGCAGUCUGGUGAAAACCCUUCGUCUCUGAAGCCCUGGGCGUUCAGUCCGGCGGUCGUUCCUCAGUCUCAGGUGGUCUUCCUUCAACCCGUCGUCCCACAGAGAUCCGGCCCGGUGCCCAAGGGAGCCCCGUCCAAACGCCGCAGACACCGAAAGUACCUCCCUAUCCUCAAAUCCUACCCCAGAAUCGCUCCUCAUCCCGGAGACGCGGGCCCUAAGAUCAGCAGCAGCAGCGGUUCCCCUCGCGGUCAGAAAGACUCGUCACCCAGCGCUCUUCCAGCAUCUGACCCCACAGACGGCUCCCCGCAGACGCUGGACACACACUCUCCUAACACGGACAACAAGAUCAAGCGAUUCUGCAACACGUACAACAUCCUCAGCAAGUCAGGCCUGCUGGACAUCACGCUGCGCACGAAAGAGCUGAUCCGGCAGAACCGGCGGACGCAGACGGAGCUGGAUCUCCUGCGAGAACACACCGACCUGUUCAUGCAAGCGCUGCAGACCGGAGACUCGGUCAUCUGGAGCCGGCUGCUGACCAGCACACAAGAGCAGGAGAAACACAGGACUGUCCAGCUGAAGUGAGCCGAAGACGCUUUUAACUCGCCUUAAACCAGUGCAGAAACAUUAAUAUUAGGCCUGGUCUGAGAGAUCUACAGUAGAGCGUGUUUCAGGACAUCACAGAACGAGACAAAGAAACAAGAUUUGGUUUGUUCUUUUCUAUGUGUUUGUCUGUUUGAUGAAGUGUGUGUUGAGCAGAACUGUGAAGGGUUUUGUGUCAUAUAUCAGCUCCAUAAUGUGCUUUUAUAUUAACAGAGCAUUAGACUGAAUUAUGAUCAUCAUCAGUAAUACUGUACAUACUGUACAAGACAUCGCUCAGAAAUAAAUCUUCAGUUAAACAGGAGAUGAAUUAACAUUACUCAGCUGUAAAUAUUCACUUUAUCUACUCAUUCUUUGUUUUUUACAUUUCGUUUUUUUAAGCUGUUUUUUUAUUUCCCACUUUUUAAUGUUUAAGACAUGUUUUACUGAGAAGUACUCUGUGAAAUGUUUUCAU